AACAACUGCUCUGACUAUCAAACUAAUAGGGACAAGUGCCUACUGGAUGAAGACUGUAGCUGGGACUAUAGCGCUACUAGUGUCUAUUAUCAGAUAUUAGCUGGUCCUGCCUUCAUUGUAACAUUUGCCAUCUCCUCUUUAUUAACUGGACUCCUCCUCAGUCUUUAUACAUUAAAAAGAACACUACUCUUAUCAAUAUGUGCUUUAACCUGGAGCGUACUAACUGGUCUGUCCGGUUUCUGUAACCAGUAUUGGGAGCUCUUGCUGACUAGAAUAGGAUUAGGAAUAUUUCAGGCAGCCUGCACUCCUUUAGCUGGUAGCAUAAUGUCCGACAUAUUUGAAGAAAAGAACCGUGGUGUUGCGCUGGGUUUUUACAGUUGGGGUGUUUAUUUUGGCUAUGGUCUAGCAUUUGCUAGUGAUUUUAUUAUAAAGUCUUAUGGCUGGAGGUGGGGCUUCUGGUCAGCUAGUAUUCUAAGCACAAUAGUGUCCUUCUUGUCUCUAUUGACUGUACGAGAACCAAUUAGAAGGAAUGAUAAAAACAAUGGACGUUUAUUGAAAAAGAAACCUUAUUUUAAAAUAUUAAAGCAAGUCCUGAAGAGUUAUAUGCAGUUGCCACUGCUACUGUUGUGUAUUGGGGCAGGGCUUAGACAAGGAGGGGGACUGGUGUGGGCUUAUAAUGCUAAAGCUUAUUUCAGGAAGUUACAUUGCGACACAACUGGUGUAGGUACAUACCUAAGCUGGGUACCAGUGGUGGGCGGUACUGUUGGUGUGUUUGCAGGUGGAAUGAUAUCGGAUGGACUAGUGAGAAGACUAGGAACCAGAUCAAGACUAAUAGUACUAGUGACCUGUUGUUUUCUAGCUGCUCCUUUUCUUUUUGGUACACUUUAUUUAUCACCUCCCUGGGCCUUUCUCUCUCUUCUCUUCUCUUACAUUACUGGCGAGAUGUGGUUUGGGGUGGCCAUUGCCGUUGCCAUGGAGAUGGUUCCACAUGAAAUAGCGUCCUCAGGCCUAGCCCUGUAUCUAUUUGUUAUUAACAUUAUCGGAGGAAACAUCAAUCUGGUCCUUCCUUCUUUACAAACACUAACAAGUCUACAGACUGCAAUGGCUAUAUUGUUUCCAGGCUCUUAUUUAAUGGCUGGAUCAUUCUUCCUGCUAGCUGGCAUACUAUUGUCUUGUAGGUCGAAGCGUUCUUCUUCUAGUUAUGAAAUUAAUGAAAAAGCUGCUUUGAUAAUCCAAGAUGAUGAUGAUAAGACUAAUGUUGAUCUUUUCACUGAGAGUGAAGAGAUAA